UUGACACACAUUGUUCCUAUAGUUGAAAAAUCAAUAGCUCAAAUAGUAUUAAAUGAGGAUCAAUAAAGCAAUUUUAGUCCGAGUAAACAUUGAUAUAUGUUUGUGUUAAUCAUAGCAUGCAAUUGAAACAUCUUUUUUGCGUUAUGAUUUUGCUUUUUCAAAGUCUGCCAGUUUUAGGUGAUGACAUAAAGUGUAACCACGUGGAGGAAGAAACAGCCGCCCAGUUAAAUGUCGUCUGGUCUCCAGACAAAGCUUCAAGCGCCAAAGUUAUGAUCUUAUUGAAUGAAACAGAGGUGGCGCUGUGUUACUUAAAACCUGUCAAUUGUACAGUGUUCUCCAAGCUAACCAAUGCAACAAUAAAGAGUACGCCUACUCAGCGUAAUGAGAUCGCUGUCUCUGUCCAUGGGGUUAGAUCUUCAGGCUACUGGAAAGUCCGAUACAUAACUGAAGUUGAUGUAAAGAAUGAUAUUUGUAAAUUUAUCUUUUUUGCUAGGGCUAAAGACCUUCAAUGUCAAUCAAUAUCUAGAGAUGAAAUUCAUAUUUACUGUUUCUCAAGGAGAAUAUAUCCAUCGGCUUCAUGUAAUUUGUAUUACACAGAAAAUAUGGAGAAUUAUGUUUCAGAAGAAGGAAGACAACUCUACAGCCAAGACACUUUGAGAAACGACACAUACAUCUUGACAACAACUUGCACAUUUGUUAAACCUGCUGCCAUAGCAACCACAGAUACAUUUACUGCCGUGGUGACCAUGUUUCCGAAUAUUUCCGGCAGCCUGGCUGAUUUAAUGUACGGAACAAACGUCUCUGUUUUAGUCACUUUGUCUAAACCUUUCAUCAAAUUCGAGAACUGCCCUAAAGAAGUAGACUUCGGUGCUACAGUAGACUGCCAAUGUAGUGUUGAAGGUAUAGAACCAGUAAAUGCAAUGUUCAGGUGGUAUAAUACAGUCACUAAUGUAUUAAUCUCAAACACGUCAAGACUGACUUUUGUGGCAACUGAACACACUCGAGAAUUUUCUUGCGUAGUUGAUGACGUACUGCACAAACGAAAUCUAUCACUGACCUAUGUGCUACACGUGAACAAUUCUCAAAAUUUACAUACCAGUAUCUCUACUAUUAAUUCUUCUAACAAAGGAGAGAAGGAGGUGUGA